AUGAUUAGCGCUGGAUUGUGCGAUAAAGUCCUCGGCUCGCCGGCUUGCACAGGCUCAUCGGAGUCGCAGGUCGGAGAGCCGAGUACCUUUUUGUACAAUCCUGCAGUCUCCACUCCAGGUCAAUCUUCCUUCGGUUUCCGGUAA